GUACGUUUCAGAGUUUCCCGCUCAUAUUGUUUACCUGUUUACUCCUUGCUGCUCUGUCCAAUCACACGACGUGGGAAAAAUACACAGUGACGCAGUUUCGUAUUUAGCCACUUAAAUGAGAGCUCAUGGAGAAAAGCUUCAGUCAGUGGAAAAAGCAAUGUCUGAACAAGCUGGACCUGAGUAAGAAGGGCAGUGUGGAUGAAGACAUUGUCCAUGUAGUGUCUCUGCUCAACAGCUGUGAGGAGUACUUCACCACCAGCUCCUGCUCCGGCAGAGUCAUCCUCACUGACGGGGCUCCAGAGAGCAGUGCUGUCCAGAAACAGAACUGUGUGUGGCUGUUUGUCUCACACCACAAAUGCAAAUGUGAUGACCUGAGGUCUGCUCUGGCCAAGUCCACUGGAGAUGCUGUGUUGAAAUUCGAGCCCUUCGUCCUCCAUGUUCAGUGUCGCAGGCUGGAAGAUGCUCAGCUGAUGCACUCUGUGGCCAUCAACUCAGGCUUCAGGAACUCUGGUCUCACUAUCAGCAAGACAGGAAAGAUCAUCACGGCAGUCCGUAGCACCCAUGGCCUGGAGGUUCCUCUCAGCCACCAAGGGAAGCAGCUGGUAGAACAUGACUACAUCGAUUUUCUCACUCAGACAGCCAAUCAAAAGAUGGAAGAGAACCUCAGACGGAUCCACAGGUUUUACCAGAAUCUCCAGGCUGCUCUGACUGCAGAGAAACUACAAAAACUACAAAUCCCAGAUCCUCCCAACUCACAGGAACUUAAAGAUCCCUCUCAGAGACUGGAGACAGAAAGGGGAGAAAAAGGAGAGGAGGAUGAGGAGGAGAAGAGAAGCAAAUCAAGUGUUUAUAAACGGAGGCGAAAACGAGGACAGCAAAAUCAGACUGUCGGUCGCCAUGGUGACAGAGACAGCAGUGUGCCAGAGCUGGAUGAUUGUCUGGAUCUGUUUACAUGAACUAGUGGCUCUCUGGGUCUGGAGCUCAGUGUAGCAUUGAAUGUUUUAUUGCUUAAGUGCAGGGCGAACUAGCAUUUGGUAUUUGUCUUAAAAAGGACUUGAAUCAAUGAAUUGGUUAUCAAAAUAGUUGGCAAAUUCUUACAGCUCUAGAUAUCAUAGUUAAUUUAAUGUCCUCAUCCAUGUAAAGAACUGACUGAAAAAGACCGUACACAGACCUGCACUCUUCUUCUGAGUUUUAGGCAGUCAACUGAACAGU